CGAGGAGAGAGAGAUGGAGAGCUGAGAGAGCGGCGGUCGUGUGACGUGAUGACAAAAACCCCUUCGGUAUGUGAAUCAUGUGAUGUGAGAUAUACUGUAAUGGUUGUCAAUAUGUAGUAAGCACGUUACUGUAUCAUGGCUAAAGUACUACAUCGUAUGUUCCACAGAGAUAGAAAAAGUGGUUUUAAUGCAGAAUCUCCAGAAAGCUUGACCUCAUACAAAUGUUGGAAACCACCUGAAUUUGACCCAAAACAGAUUCGACUUCUGGUUUACCAAGAGACAGACAUCAAGGGGAAAAAAUUAUUGUUUGAUUCAAAAGCCAUAAAAAAAGUAGAAGAAUGUUGCAAGGGAAGGAAGUAUGAAUGUAGUUCAAUUCGCUCAAAAUUUUACGCUCCUACUCCAAAUGGAAAAUGCAGCACAGGAUUGCCUCGGAAUUCAAGCAAUCCGUGCCUAGACAAUGGAGAGAAUGGCAAAUACCAGUUUGUAAAGCCCGGGUCAGAUGCGAAGAUGCUAGGUGAGAUGAUGUUUGGUUCGGUGGCAAUAAAUUACCGUGGCUCCACUCUAAAAGUGCAUACUCUCAGGUACCUUCCACAGCUGAUGUUAACGAGAAUAUUCAUACUGAAACCAGUGAAGGAUUCACAAUUAGAUCACGACAGUAUUGAAAGAGAUAAUGUUAGUUUAAAUUCAUCACUUCAGGAUAUCAGCACCACACUAAAAAAUAUUGAUGUCUCCACCAAACACCAAAGCUUAGAAGCCCAGAGCCUUCCGAUUUUUAUACCAAACUCGCCUUCCAGCACUAAAGAUGCUGAGAGCGGUAUUGCAGGAAUGUCAGGGUCAUCAAGUAGCUUUUAUACCCCUUUCCCCUCACCAUGUAGCAGUGUGUCCAGUACUUCGUCUAAUAGUUUCUCAAGGAGAUUGAUGCGCAGCCAGACAAUGAGGAUGGACAUUAACCUUGGACGGCGGCGGUCAUCAAUGGACAAUCCAAGUUCAUCACAGGAUGAACCUGUUGCAAGAAGAAGAAAUCCCAAGAUUGGAUUGGCUGUUGUGAUUGGUCUUGGCAAGGAUGGCAGAGAUGACGAGCAAGCCAACAAGUUUGAGCGUUUCUUCUUCUCGCAUUUUUCACUUUUUGAAUCACACUUUCAAAAGUUGAAGCAAACGGUUGAGAAGGCAUUGACUCUACAAAGAAAAACUUACUUAACACCUUUAGUAGAAGGUCUGGAAGACUUUCGAAAUGCCAUUUUUAAUUUGUACACGGCUCCUCGUAUUCAAAAACCUAUCUGGUUGGAUCUGAUGAGCUAUCCGAGCCAAAGAGGUCAUUUGUGCCACCACUUCCUAAAGGAAUUAAUGACGGAAUUAGAGCAGCAUAAUACGGCAAACACAUCCUUUUUUGUGAGUUGUCUUUUGACUGCUGUUCUUACUCACCACCUUGCUUGGGUACCGACGGUGAUGCCAGCUGGAGUGACGCCAAACAGAGCUUACCUUGACAAGCAUUCCUCUACUUUCCUCGACACCCUUGCAAAGUCUCACCCUUAUAAUCCUCUCUGGGCUCAGCUUGGAGAUUUAUAUGGUUCUAUCGGCUAUCCCGUCAACAUCGCAAAGACUGUGGUAGUGGGCAAGAAGUCAGAAGUGGUCUGUCGCCUCCUGUUUAUUCUUAGUUAUUUUAUUAGAUGCAGUGAGGUUUACGAGAAGCAUGAGGUCAGAGAAGAGAUUCCAAUGGAAUAUAAGCCAAUCAUUAGUUUUGAUGAUGUUGCAGAAUUUGUCACAAUGCCUUCAGAACAAGAAGUGGAAUGGUCAAACGGUAGGUCAACCAGUGAUGAAACACCAAUCAGAAAUGGAGCAUUGAACGCUGUUGCAACCGGAAAUGAGAGCAAUGCAAGCAGCAGAGCCGAAGGUUCAGGAUAUCAAUCAAGUGCGGAGUCAAAUGAUCUAGAAACAGACUUUCAUGAUUCUAGUAUUCUCUUGGGAAGGUCAAAUUUCUGCUCACUGAAAGCAAAGAAACAAGAUUCAGGAAUUGCGUCCUCUAUGGAGCACAGUUUGGAUUGCUUUGAUCAUCCGACAAGUGCCUUUGAAGUGCAAUGGGAACAGAAUAAUUCCAACGCAAAGCUAAAACGCGUAGCGCAAGAACGUAGGUUUAUAUUAGGAGCAACGGAUGAAUCAAGUAGCAGUGACUGUUCAAAACAGCCAUCACCAAUCGUUAAUCGUAAACUAACUGAUUCUCUUACUGAAACAUUAGUGGCCGUACAAAGUGCAGAUACCACUGGCGAUAGCUUAGACCCUGUGUGUAAUAAUCUGGUUCGUACAAAUGACGACAUUCCUUUGCAGGCCAAAUGUGAGAGGGUUGUUGCUGUUGGUCGUAUUCCUCCAAGAACUGAAACCAGUGUUUAUAAAAAAUAUUUAAACCCUAUUGAAUCUCUAAAAACUGGCUACGUGCCGCCACCAAAUAGCCUAUCAAAAUCAACGAUACCUCAAGUCUCUUGCGAGAAACUCUAUCCUGAUCUCUCAAAUGCUGUAAAUAGCGGAAAUGUAAUCGAAGUUGAUAUCCCAAUGGUUGACCAUUCUAAUAUGCUGUCACAACAAGAUGCCGGUAGCUGUGUAACUGAUAGUAUUAAACACAUUGAAGGUGUGGCUUGUGUAAAUGAUGCCACACUGGACAGAGAAACAAAUGAGAAUGCCUCUGGGAAUUCAACGCCAACACUUGAAAAAUUUAAGGAUGUAAAUAGUUUACUCACAGCAGAAACACCAACAACUCCUAAGGUACAUUUGCAUAGAAGUUAUAGUGAGAAUUGUGGAUUUGACCCGCGAUUAGUCAAGCGUGGAAUAUCUGAAAUGUCCAAUAGUUCAGUUUUAUCCAAGCAAUCCACACUAUCACAUGGAAGCUAUGAUAAUGACAUCUUAGAUCCAGAGGAACUUCCUUUCUGUCCUUCUGUGUGUAUAGAUGACCAAAUUGCUCCUCAAUGCAGUCAUUUAGAGAAUUUUGGGCGUUCCCUUCUUGGAGGUUACUCGCCAAACUAUAUGCCAGAUUUUGCCCUGCAAGGUGUUUUGGACCUAGACAAGGAAAAGGUGAAAAAUGAUGUGAAACUGAACACUCAGACCUCUGUAUUGGAUGAGCCAAUAGCAGGCAGUGUGUGCAUCGUAGCCGAUACUGAUAAAUGGUCAGUGGAGUUAUAUUCAAGUGAUAUUGCAGUGGAGAACAGACCGCCGUCCAUUGUACCACGCUCCAAGCUAGUUUCCAAUCUUUUGCAAUCUAUACAAGAACUGUGGCAGAUGAAGCUAGCACCUGAUUUUUGUUUGAUGCAUCUAGAGGAUCGACUACAAGAGAUCUACUUCAAAAGUACUUUGUUAACAGACUACCUGAAAACAUGCGAGGCUAGCAUUGAGGAGUUGCAGACUAGGCUCGCUAUUGACCAAAGUGACAUUCUUUUGCUAUUAUCAGUUUCUGGAGUUCACUCCUCACACGUUAUAUACGAACGCCUCUACAAGUCAUUGAGCUUCACUAAUCAGCAACAGGUUGUGGAUACACCAUCAACGGACACAUCCACAAGUUAGUCUAAAAUACCAUGGACCGGCUUUACAUUGAUGAAAAGAAAAACAAAACAUACCUCGUUUCCAACUGUUACAGAAUAUAAAACAGAACACAAGAAUAGUGAAGGACAGUAAAGAUUACAGCCUUUUUAUUGGAAUAACAAUGAUCUAUAAAUGAUGCAUAAAUCAUUCUUAUCAGAGAAGAUAUAUGGACAGAAAGUGAUUAGAAAAUGGUAUGGAUUAAAUCGAAGAAAAUGCUAGU